AAUGCAGGAUUACAACUAUGUACAAGCAGGUUGUAUGGAGAUCACUGUAGAACUUUCAUGCUGCAAAUACCCUCACCAUUCAGAAUUACCUCACUUUUGGGCAUCAAAUCGGGAAUCUCUGCUGAAAUUUUUGGGAGCAGCUCAUGAAGGUGUUAAAGGUUUAGUCAUAGACUCAAACAGAAACUUUCUAUCCAAAACGAGAUUGAAAAUCAAAGGACGAGACAUGGAUUUCUAUUCAACAAAGAACGGCGAGUACUGGAGGAUUCUUCUUCCUGGCAAUUACACUAUUGAGGCCUAUCUGUCAGGUUUUGUGGUAACAGAGGCUCAUUUUUCUGUGAUGAGUAAUCAAAUGACAUCACUGAACUUGACUAUGUACACUGAAGAAGAGAUGAAAGCACUAAAAACAACGACAAAAUCUUCUGAUUUUGAAAGAAAAGAUUUUGUAGGGACCUCUUUUUCUUCAAGAUACAGUUCAGACAAUACGAUCGUUUUCACGGUUUCAGAUAGUACAGAAUAUCCACUCGAGAUUGAAGGUAUGACAAAAUUAAGAAAUGAGCUAUCUACAAAAAAUACUUCUACUAAUGCAAAAGUUGGGGCUUUGGGUGAUGCAUCAGGAAAGAGCUGCACGACUCAUGACAGCUCAUAUCUCCUACUGGUAUUACUUGGAUGUGUGGGUUCAGUUUUAUUUCGUAAGUGAACUGCAUUGAAGAUCAGUAAUUACAAUAUAUUGUUUUUAAUUAGAAAAUACAAACAUUUUUGCAUUUCUUCAUUACCUAUUAAAAUGUAUUAUAUAUUUACUAGAACAUUUUGCAGAAUUUGGAUUUACAAACUUCUGUCGAAUUAAGAUUUUCUUUUUUCAUCUACUAGAUGUACUGUUUUCAUUUUUUGGAGUUUAUUGGAAUAAAUCAAGUUAAGUAACACAGGACUGUUAGCUUUGUCCUGGUAUUUCAUAUCACGGUCACAUAUUCUGUGUAGCUUGUGCAUUUGAAAACCAUACAAUUAUGUCAGAGAAUUUGAAUUUUCCUAUACAUUAAUUGUCUUUUUUUUUGCAAAUUUCAAAAGUCCUUUCAGUUAUGCAAAUAGUACAUUUUUUGAAACAUAACGUAUGGAACACUUUAGAGAAAAUAGAAACUUAUU